AUGAAGAAUAUGUACCAAUCCUUCCUUAAGGAAUACGAAGAUCUCGGCCACUGUCAUGAGAUUCGCGAGGAAGACGAUCCUCCGGGUCAACAGAGUUACUACUUUCCGCAUCAUGCUGUCCUUAAACCUUCAUGUACUAGCACAAAGUUACGUGUUGUGUUUGACGGAAAGGCGAAGUCUAAUGGUUUAUCUCUUAAUGAGGUUUUGAUGAUCGGCCCUAAGAUCCAGAGCGAUCUGUUUUCUAUCGUACUCCGUUUCAGGAAACACGUUUAUGCAUUUUCAGCUGAUGUCGAGAAAAUGUAUAGACAGGUGAAAAUUGAUCACAGUCAAACCCGAUAUCAAAGAAUAUUUUGGCGAGACCAAUCGAAUGAACCGUUGAGGGUGUUGGAAUUGACAACGGUGACCUACGGGACGUCACCCGCUUCAUUCCUAGCCGUAAGGUCUAUGCUGCAACUAGCAAGAGAAGAAAAAGUUAACUUUCCUGCCGCAGCGCAGGUCGUGACGGAGGAUUGUUACAUGGACGAUGUGUUGAGUGGUGCUUCUACUUUGGACUCUGCAAAACAAUUGAGAUCCGACAUUGAGGAGCUUCUGAAGAGAGGAAUGUUUCCAGUCAGAAAGUGGUGUUCGAAUGACGAAGAUGUGCUUGAAGGUGUCCCCGAGCAGGACCGUGAAACCUUGGUGCGCAUUCAAGAUUCAAGCACAAACGAGACCAUUCGGGCCUUGGGUAUUUUGUGGAAUCCACGAAGUGACAUGUUCCUGUUUUGUAGAAACCCUGAAUCUACCCAUAUUGACGGAAGCGUGACGAAAAGAAGUGUACUAUCCCUUAUCGCUAAACUUUUUGAUCCGUUGGGCCUCAUAUCUCCUGUCAUAGUAUUGGCCAAAUCCAUCAUGCAGCAAUUGUGGAGUGAUGGUAUUGGCUGGGAUGAUAAAAUUGAGGGUGAAGUGUUGGAUAAGUGGACGAUUUUCCAACAUGCCCUAGUGAAAUUGAACGAAAUAGAAAUUCCUAGAUGUGUUGUGGUUCCCAGAAGCGCAUCGUAUCGAGAUUCAUGGUUUCUCUGA